AUGUCGUCUUCUAUUGCCAUUCCCGCUGGCCCCUCAGCCACCCGCUCAUUCCACAAGGGCACCGGCUCUUCAACCAAUAGCCCGUUUGGUACCUCACCCUCAUCGUCCCCGCCGUCAGCCGGGAAGGUCAAGGCCCUUCAUAACCGCCGCCCAAGUCUUCUGAGUUCUUCCCUCUCUAAGCAAGAAUGCACUGUCAUUAACAUCGGCGACCCUGAGGGUACUCCUCGACUGAUCUCUUACCUUUCUUCGAGCCAAGGCUUUGCCUGGAACCCUGAAAUCUUCCUUCCGUCUUAUAUCGACUGCGACUAUGUUCCCCUCGAGAACCGCCGCGAUCCUGUGCACGAGAUCAUUCUAAGUGACGACGAGUCAAAGAACAUGCUUCCGCAUUAA